AUGCCUUGGAUUCGACUCGCCAGUCGUACAACAGUGCUGCGAGGAAGCCUGGCCAACAAACAGAAACUUUUCGAUCUGACGAAUCCCAUCGCCACGCUCAGCUCUCGGCACCCACCUGUCCAGUGCACCACCCCCGUACUCACUCAGCAGCCAAGCAGUUGCCAGCAUCGAAUUCCGCAGCCAGUCGGCUUCUCUCCGAGCCACACCCACGGCAAUUGCCACGGAUGUGACAUGCCCCCAUGUGAUCUGGCCAGGCGCAUUAGCCUUCAGUCGUGGGUUCUGUCCCACGACAUUGGAGGACGCCAAGUCUACGUUGGUCCCACUGGGAACCAACACUUACCCGGUGGCCUGGCACUAGCGAGAACCACUGGAUGA